UAUAGAUUGACAACCUAAGCCAUUGAAAUAGCUCAACUUGCAUUAGAUCUUCAAAUCACAACAGCGUCAACGAUGAAGGGCAGCAAACCAGUACAUCUGCGCGGAGUCUGGGCAGACAACCUCGUAUAUGAGUUUUUUCUAAUCAAGGAAGCGAUCUCUCGCUUCCCCUUGGUUGCUUUGGACACAGAAUUCCCUGGUACUAUCUUUCAAUUAAAUCGUGACAAGAGUUCGCUGUCUCAUGCCACUCCCUAUGAAAACUACCGUCUCAUGAAGUGGAAUGUUGAUCUCUUGAAAAUAAUUCAACUUGGGAUGACUCUUUCUGAUUCACAUGGAAAUCUUCCAAGUUUCGGAACAGAAUUCCACUAUGCGUGGCAGUUUAAUUUCCGGGAUUUCAAUAUCAAGCACGAUCAUCACAAUGAAGAGUCUAUUGGGUUACUUGAACGCCAAGGUAUUGAUUUGAAGAAGAACAGAGAGAAGGGUAUUGAUUCCUCAGAUUUUGGAAGGCUGAUUUUGAGUUCUGGACUUGUUUCCAAUAAUUCUUCAAUAACUUGGAUUACUUUUCAUGGUGCUUAUGAUUUUGGAUUCUUGAUCAAGAUUUUAACUAAACGAGAGUUGCCAAGUGAUAUGCGGUCUUUUUUGGGGAUGAUGAGGUUUUUCUUUGGGGUUCGAGUUUAUGACACAAAAUUCAUGAUGGGAUGCAUUAGUGGCUUGCUCGGUGGAUUGGAGAGGGUGGCUAUGUUACUUGGUGUUGAACGAAUAACGGGAAGAAGGCACCAGGCAGGAUCUGAUAGCUUGUUAACUCUUCAAACAUUCGUGAGAUUCAAGGCGUCGUGUGCUAAAAUUGAUCUCGAGAAAUUGAAUGGCUAUGAGGGAAUGAUGUUUGGACUGUGUGAAGGCUGGUUAGGGUUCACUUACGCACCUGAUACAUUCAUGGGCGCCACUCUAGUUUGAAGGAAUAUCAAUGGAGUUGUACUCUCAGGUCUA